AGCCGGGUACGCAGAGCGUUGGGUAGCCCCGAAUCUCAGAAACUGACGGGGUGCAAGUGGGUGUCCAUGGAGUGGCGGUGAAAGGGUGAGGGGAGGCCUGCCAUCAGAACCCGGGGAAUCAACGGGUCGCUCACCCUCCGCUGCCCUCUCCAACCCUCCACAUGGGCGCGACUCCUGGAGUGCGGCAGCCGGAGGGUUAAACCGUGCGUGGUCGGCCGCGGGAAGGGGAGAGGCGGGGACCGCGCGCUCGGAGCAGCCGCGCCGAGCCCAGCCGAGCCGAGCGCAGCCCGAGCGCAGCCGAGCCCAGCCGAGCCGAGCAUCUCCCGCCGCCGCCGCCGCCCCGCGCCCCGGGCGCCCGCCCCCGCCCCCCGCCCUCUCCAGCGCCCCGCUGCCGGCCAAAGCCCCGGACCAUGCCCGGUGCCCCACCCGCUCCCGCGACCCCCCAGCCCCGCGCAGCCCUGAGCGCUCGCAGCUGUCGCGCCGCCGCGCCAGCCAUGCAGCGGACACCUUCCCCGCGGCUGCCUCCAUCCUGCCCUGGGCUCAGCCUUCGGCUCGCGCGUCCUCCUGCCUCGGGUUCCCUUUCUACUGUCGGCGCGCCCUCCCUCCGAGUCCCUCGCCGACCUCCCGGUCCUCGUUUGCCACCCACUCCCGCUGCUGUCCAGCUCCGUCGGCGGAGCGCCGGCCUGUGGAGGGCUGGGUGCGGGCUCGGCCGGGGAAGGGCCCGGUCCCCGGACCCGAGGCUCCCGCCCCACCCCCGCUCGUCUCCUGCGCACAACAGUAAAGGCUGAGAAUCUGGCUCACAACUGAGAAAGAUCUCGGACUUGGAGUCCAGGAUGUGGCCUGCUCUGCUGCUGUUCCACCUCCUCCCUCUCUGGCCGUUGCUGUUGCUGCCCCUCCCGCCACCUGCUCAGGGUUCCUCCUCCUCCCUUCGGACCCCACCAGCCCCAGCCCGGCCCCCCUGCGCCCGGGGAGGCCCGUCAGCCCCACGCCACGUGUGCGUGUGGGAGCGGGCACCCCCACCAAGCCGAUCCCCUCGGGUCCCAAGAUCUCGUCGGCAAGCCCUGUCCGGCACUGCGCCCCCUGCUACCCCGUCUGGCUUUGAGGAGGGGCCACCGUCAUCCCAGUACCCCUGGGCCAUUGUAUGGGGCCCUACAGUGUCUCGAGAGGAUGGAGGGGACCCCAACUCUGCCAAUCCUGGAUUUCUGCCCCUGGACUAUGGUUUUGCAGCCCCCCAUGGGCUGGCUACCCCACACCCCAACUCAGACUCCAUACGGGGUGAUGGAGAUGGGCUCAACCUCGGAGAAGCACCUGCUACCCUGCGGCCGCUCCUGUUCGGGGGCCGUGGGGAAGGUGUGGACCCCCAGCUCUAUGUCACAAUCACCAUCUCCAUCAUUAUUGUUCUUGUGGCCACUGGCAUCAUCUUCAAGUUCUGCUGGGAUCGCAGCCAGAAGAGGCGCAGGCCGUCAGGGCAGCAGGGUGCCCUGAGGCAGGAGGAGAGCCAGCAGCCACUGACAGACCUGUCCCCAGCCGGGGUCACUGUGCUGGGGGCCUUCGGGGACUCGCCCACCCCGACCCCUGACCAUGAGGAGCCCCGAGGGGGACCCCGGCCUGGGAUGUCCCAGCCCAAGGGGGCUCCAGCCUUCCAGUUGAACCGGAUUCCCCUGGUGAAUCUGUGAUGCCUCCAAUGUUGGGGUGCCGCCAUGCAGGAGGCCAAGGGGCUGGCAUAGCCCCCAUCCCUCUGAGGGUGGGGCAUCUGUGGGGCUGGGGCUGCAGGUGUCCCCAACUCCUGCCCUUGCACACCACCCUGGAACACUCACUGGCCCCAUAGGCGAUCCCAUCUGCUCAUGCUCCUUUAGGUGGGGCCUCACAUAUCUGUGGCUUCUGGUCCCCCAUCGUCAUUCUUGCACACUCACAUGAAGCCUUGCACACUCACCUCCUCCCUCCCAGGCCAUUGCACACACUUGGCUCCUGCACCCUCUUCCCACCCCAUCUGCCACCCCUGCCUCUCACAUUAUCCCUUGUGUUUCACAGUUGUUACUUCCUCUUUUUCCCACCUUCCAUGCUUAGCUCAGUCACUCAGUGGGCAGUGGGCAACUUUUGACUUUCUGUAACCUCUCACAUGCAUCUCCUGCCCCCAUGUUGUGGUGUUGCUUGUGUGUUCACUCUCUCCCUCAUGAACACCCACUGAUCUAGUUUCUGUGGCCCCUGCAUGCUGCCCCAGAGGCCGGAGGAAGAUGUGCUGAGGGCUCCUCAAGGCCUUGUCUGUCAUGGUCCCACCCACUCCGUGCCAUGUGUUUCAUUGUCUCCCCCUCUCAGUCCGAGGGCCACUCAUGACCCUGAGGGCUCCCCCGUGGGAAUGGAGGUAGUGAGGCCCCAGACUUCUUCCCCACCCCACUGCUGAACUGUCGUCUGAGAGAUUGGUUUUGGGGAGUCACCUGCUGCACUACAUGAGAAAGGGGCCCCCAAUUGCCCUUCCCUUCCUCCCAAGGCCCUUUGUCUUAUCUGUCCUGGCUGUCUGUGUGUGUCACUGUCUGGAAUUCAGAGCCCCCGAACUGGUCCUCUACUUCCCAGCCUCUCCGAGGGCCUCCCUGACUCCACCGGGGCUGCCAGGAACUGGAGCCAGCUGGUUCAAGGCCAUGGGGAGCUCUGUCUCCCGAUCCCCCCCUCCACCUCCUUCCCCCCCUUCCCUCCCUCCCCAGCCCUCCCACUCUCCCUCUUUUUGCUUCUCCCUUCUCUUUCCCCCUCAGGUUUGUCCCUACUUCUCAUCAUUUUCCCACCUUUCUUCCUUCUUCCCCUCUUACCUGGCUCCUAUGCUGUGAUAUAUAUUUUUGUAUUACUCUUCUUGUGGUGAUAAUCUUGAAUUCUUGUGGGAUGUAAGUUUCAAAAUUUUCAAAUAAAGCCUUUGCAAGAUAACUGAGUCCCCUGC